AUGGCUUGCCAGAGUUUGCAAGUGUUUGUGGACAGGCAAAUGCUCAGAGAGCUGCCGGGCGCAUGGCGUGUGGCAUAUCUCUUCUUUGCCUUCGCCUACAUGCUGAUCCUGGGAACAGGUCUGAUGAUCAACCCCGCCACCAUCUCCAUUUUCCUAGACUCAGUUGGAGUGAAGGAGCAGCCCGUGGCACAGACCUAUCUUCCGCUGGUUCUGUUGCCCGUGCUCUUCAUCUACAACUUCUUCUGGGCCGCGUUGCAAAGCCCCCAAAGACUGGUCUUAGUGGUGUGCAGCGUUUAUGCCGUGAUUUACAGCAUCAUUGCCAUUGAGUCCUUUCAGCACCAGCACAUCUCAGCCAGAUGGGCCUGGGUGCUGUUCUAUGCCACCAACACCAAGUCGGUCCUCUUUCCGGUGAUGCUGUGGAGUGUGAUGAAUGACCUCUCUUCCACACAGUAUUCGAAGAUCGCCUACCCCGCGCUGGUGUCUGCCGGGCAGCUGGGGGGCCUUGCAGGAUCGCUGCUGGCCACAGCGGUGAAAGAUGUGGGAGGCAGCUCUGGGCUUCUGAUUAUGCAAGCGGCUGCCCUGCUGAUUAUCGCCGGGAUGGUCUGGAUCGCCUGUAUGUUGGCCGCCCGCGCCCCCGCACACGACGAAGCCCUCGGCAACGGCAGCGGCGAUGCGCGUGAGGCGUUGACCUCGCUGCAACCGGUCGAGGGGCAAGCAGUGCGGCAGGAAGGUGGCAGUUCCUUCAGUGCGCCUGAAAGGCAGCAGAACGGUUGCCUCCUGGGGCUGCGAGCGGUGGCACAGAAGUUGUGGGAGACGGUGGAAGGAAUUGCAUUGAUUUUGUCGAGACCCUAUGUGGCUGGAAUCUUUUGGGUGGCCUGUGCUCACCUGGUGCCACGAGUUUUGCUGGACUAUCAGGGUACUGCGUUGAUCAAUGAGCGGUGGCCAAAGAAGAUCCACGGUGUAGAGAUUCCUGGCAACACCGAUAAGCGCACGUCUUUUUUUGCGUGGUGCAAUGUGGCCAACACAGUUGGCGCCAUGCUGCUUUCCUUGUGCGGCUUGCGGGGCCUGGUGGAAUGCGGUGGUCUUCUGCUGACCCUCUUGGUGUUGCCCACGGCCAUGUUGAUGUCGGUGCUCCUGGUUUACUUUCACCAUGACUUCUGGACGGUUCAAGCGGUGCUGGUGGUGGUGAACGUGGUGCAGUAUGCCUUGAACGGCCCCAGCCGAGAGAUGCUUUAUGUGCGAACCUCCAAAGACAUUAAAUACAAAGCCAAGAGCUGGUCGGAUAUGUAUGGCAAUUUUCUGCAGAAGACAAUUGCUGCCCAGAUCAAUCUUCAUGUGAACCUUGAAGAGGAUUCUUGUCAGCCGAAUUGCUUCAAACCAUUUUUCACCGGAGUUUUCACCACUGCUUGGGUGGCUGCUUGGGCCCUCAUUGCAGGUGGUCUUGGCGUCAAGCAUGCGCGAUUGGUCAAGAAGAACGAGUUUGUGAGUUAGGUCCGAUGGAAAUCUCGGAAAUCAGAUUUUCAUAUGGUGUUACCCUCUGGUAAACAUACAAAAAACGAUGGAACGAUGCACCAUUGUUAAUGGGAAAACUCACUAUUUCUAUGGCCAUGUUCAAUGGCUAUGUUAAAUUACCAGAGAGUAAGUUCAAUGUUGAUGAACAAAAAUCAUCUGUAUACGGACAUGGGGAAAUGGUUGGUCAAUCCUUUUUAUUUGUUUCAAGUGUCUUAUGUUUGGGGCAAAAACAUCAUCUAGGAACGGGAUUUUCAUGACCAUUUUUCUUCAGGCUUCAAUGACCUAGAUGUCGGAUGUGUUCAUCAUGGCAAAUGAGUACAUGAUGGCAUGAGAUCCAACCUUCGCUUCCUGGCACCAAAGGCUUCCCAUUGAGAUCGCCCAGAUCGCCUUCUUUUCGCAGC